AUAUGGCCGAGCAACAGACUCCUUCAAAGUCGGCUGACCAGGUGUGCACCUUUCUCUUCAAAAAGCCCAGGCGGAAAGGGCCUGCAGGCAGCCGAAAGCGCCCAGUGUGUGACCUGGAGACCGGAGAAAGCAGCAGCAGUGGUGAUGAAGGCAGCACUGUGGUUCGACCAGAGAAGAAGCGGGCGACCCACAAUCCGAUGAUCCAGAAGACCUGUGGCAGCGGUAAAGGGAAGGCGGCUUAUGGUUAUCUGAGUAGCGAGGAAGAGGAGAGUGAGAGUUUGGGCGUGGUCUACAAGUCCACCCGUUCAGCGAAACCUGUGGGGCCAGAGGAUAUGGGGGCCACAGCAGUCUAUGAGCUGGACACGGAGAAGGAGCGAGAUGCACAAGCCAUCUUUGAGCGCAGCCAGAAGAUUCAGGAAGACCUGAGAGGCAAGAAAGAUGACAAGAUUUAUCGGGGAAUCAAUAAUUACCAGAAAUAUAUGAAACCCAAGGAUACGUCUAUGGGCAAUGCCUCCUCCGGGAUGGUGAGGAAGGGACCCAUCCGAGCACCUGAGCAUCUACGGGCCACCGUGCGCUGGGAUUACCAGCCUGACAUCUGUAAGGACUACAAGGAGACUGGCUUCUGCGGGUUCGGAGAUAGCUGCAAAUUCCUCCAUGACCGUUCAGAUUACAAGCACGGAUGGCAGAUCGAACGUGAGCUUGAUGAGGGUCGCUAUGGUGUUUGUGAGGACGAAAACUUUGAAGUGGGAAGCGAUGAUGAGGAAAUACCGUUCAAGUGUUUUAUCUGCCGCCAGACCUUUAAAAACCCAGUUGUUACCAAGUGCAAGCAUUAUUUCUGCGAGAGCUGUGCACUGCAGCAUUUCCGCACCACCUCGCGCUGCUAUGUCUGUGACCAGCAGACAAACGGUGUCUUUAAUCCUGCUAAAGAAUUGAUUGCUAAGCUGGAGAAGCAUCGAGCAACUUCUGAGGAUGGAGCUUCUGAUAUCCCAGAAGACCCCGAAAGGGCCUAAUUCCCAUUAUUUAGGUUUUCCAUAAUUGUUAGAUCUUAAAAUAAAUAUUUUGUCUUUCUUUUGGUAA